UGAAAACGAAAUUUUAAGAACUUUUUUCAGUUUUUUAUAAAAUUUAUUUUUAAGUUUAAAGCGCAAACUAUUUUCAAACUGUCAAAAUAAUUCAAACUGCGCAUAACUCCUAUCAAAGCGCAAAGUAACCGGCGAGUCACGUUUCAAUAUUUUGUUUAUUCAUCAUUUGUUGUGAAAUUCUUAAAAAUAUAAAAUUCUGUAAAAAUGGAAAACAUUAAAAUUACCUCAGAAGAAGAUCCUCGUGAAAUAAUGAAUUCAAAAAUAACCAAUCUGUUGACUUCCGGGGUCCAUUGUGAUGUUACUUUUCUUUUGAAAGAUGAAAAAGGAAAAUUUUCAAAGAUAAAAGCUCACAAAUUGAUUUUGUCUGCUGCCAGCGAAGUGUUUGAAACAAUGUUUUAUGGCGAAGUAGUGAAAAACAACGGAGUUAAGCAAGAAGAUCAAGUGGAAAUCAAAGAUAUUUCUGCUUUGAUCUUUCAAAUGUUGUUGAAUUUCAUCUAUGGAAAGAAAAUUGAGUUUCCCAGUUUUCAAACCCUCGUUGAAUUUUAUGGGGCUGCUCAUAUUUACAUCUGUAUGGAUGCCAUGAACUUCGCUUCUGAGGCAAUGCUGAAAACAUUGAGUUUUUGGAAUGCUCUUCCUUUUUUCGAGACUGCUGUUUUGUAUGACCUUUCGUAUUUGAAGGGUAUUUGUAUCGAGGUGUUCACCCAAGAAACAAGCAAUAUACUAAAAUCUUCUGAAUUUUUAUUCGUGAGUCCUGAUAUUGUCAAUUUCAUUUUUAAACUGAAAAACAAAAUUUUGGAUUCGGAAUUGGAUCUCGUUUACGCACUCGAACGAUACAUUCAUGUCAAUAUGAAAUUUGACACUCAGAUUGAAGAAAAAGUUCAACCAGCAAUAAAUUCCAUUGAUUUUUCGGCUUUACCUACAGAUGAAAUCGUUAGAACAUCUUUGCUUACGACAGAGGCGAAAAAGGACUUGAUUGAUGGGAAUAUUAAUAAUGAUUUGUCUAAAGUAGUUCCUUCCAUUUCAAUAAGAAAAAUGGCUAGAAAAGUACAUGCAGUUUAUUCGGAAAAUUACUGUGCUUUAUGUCCAAUUCAACGUAAUCAUUCACCUUGGGAUUGUUAUCAUAAUUCGGAAUGGGCAGAAAAGAUUCUCGAAAUUUAUGAAAAGUACAACCAUACUUUCGUGAUGGAUUACAAAUUUAAUGAUCUAAAAGGAAUUUAUGAAUUAUAUCGAGAAUAUUGUAACUUUAAUGAGAAUUUGUAUUAACACAUGUAAGUUUUCAAUAAAACUUUGAAUUUGUCAAAAAA